AUGCUUCCCACCACCUUCAUCGCUCUCGCCGCUGGGCUCGUUGGACUCGCAACUGCUCACAUGGAGAUGAAGUUCCCCAUCCCACUGGGAGACAGACGAGGCCUCGCCGGACCAGCCGACUACAGCCUGCACGCACCCCUGAUGGCAAACGGAGCCGACUUCCCUUGCAAGGGCAAGCUCGGAAUCCUGGCCACCCCCGCUGGAGCCAGCCUGCAUACGUGGGCAGCUGGAUCCGUUGCAGAUGUGACCAUCGGCGGCGUCAUCAAGCCAGGUUCAGGAGAGGUCCCUGCCUUCCACAAUGGAGGUUCGUGCCAGGCCGCUCUGAGCUACGAUCAAGGAAAGACCUGGAAGGUGAUCCACUCAUUCCAAGGAAACUGCCCAUUGCAACCGGAUACGUCUUUCAGAUUCAACAUCCCCUCCGACGCCCCGACCUCUCACGCCGUCUUCGCUUGGCUCUGGUGGAACCACACCGGCAACCGCGAGAUGUACAUGCAAUGUGCCUCCAUCACCAUCGCCGCCGGCUCCUCCUCUGGUCCCGCCCCCGCAGUCCCCUUCUCCCAACGCCCCGACAUCUUCCGCGCUAACAUCAACAACGGCUGCCACACCAUCGAGGGCAAAGACACCUUCUUCCCCAGCCCCGGCCCCGACGUCACCACUUUCGGCACGAAGCAGGACGGCAGCUACUCGGGCAACUGCGGCGUCACCCAAGAGGCAGUCUCGGCAGUCUCGUCCUCUACUGCACCCGCACCAGGACCGGCCAGCACAGCAUCCACCUCGUACACCACCAAGCUCGCGUCUUCAGCUACCAGCAGCAGCACUCCCAGCAGCGCCCCAGUCAACAACCCCUCCCCUCUGCGCGUCAGCACGAACGGAGAGUGCAGCGGCGUCCAAACAUGCAAAGGUUCGAUUUUCGGACGCUGCUGCUCCACCUGGGGAUACUGCGGUAACACUCCCGUGUACUGCGGAUACAGAUGCAUGUCUGCCUUCGGCGACUGCGAUGCACAUGUAAUCGUCACUCCUGGAGACAAGCUCACUCAACUGUACGACGGAUGA